AUGGGAAAGGAUUACUAUUCCAUUCUGGGGGUGAGCAAAGAUUGCACGACCAAUGAUCUGAAGAAGGCGUACAGGAAGCUAGCCAUGAUGUGGCACCCGGACAAGCAUAAAGAUGUGAAGUCGAAAAAGGAAGCAGAGGAGAAAUUUAAAAACAUCGCGGAGGCGUAUGAUGUCCUGUCUGAUGAGGAGAAAAGAAAAAUUUAUGAUGCCUAUGGGGAGGAGGGACUCAAGGGUUCCGCCCCCACGGGUGGGAAUACCUACGUUUAUAGCGGUGUGGACCCUUCGGAGCUCUUCAGUCGUAUCUUCGGCUCCGACGGCCAUUUCUCCUUUUCGUCCGGCUUCGACGAUGACUUUUCCCCCUUUUCCACGUUCGUCAAUAUGACGUCUCGGAAGGCCAGGCCCUCCACGUCUACAAACGUAAAUAACAACUACAGCAGCAAACCGGCGACCUUCGAAGUGCCGCUCGCGCUGACCCUGGAGGAGCUCUACAGCGGGUGCAAGAAGAAGCUAAAAAUCACCCGCAAGAGGUUCAUGGGUUCUAAGAGCUACGAAGACGACAAUUACGUCACCAUAGAUGUGAAGGCAGGCUGGAAGGACGGAACCAAAAUAACUUUCUAUGGAGAAGGAGACCAAUUAUCCCCAAUGAGUCAACCAGGAGAUUUGGUUUUUAAAGUGAAAACAAAAACACACGACAGAUUUGUGCGCGAUUCGAACAAUUUAAUAUACAAGUGCCCCGUACCACUGGACAAAGCUCUAACUGGCUUCCAGUUCAUUGUGAAGUCGCUAGAUAACAGGGACAUAAACGUCCGAGUGGACGAAAUCGUCACUCCAAAAACUAAAAAAGUUGUUUCCAAAGAAGGCAUGCCUUCUUCCAAGAUGCCCAACACCAAGGGAGAUCUCAUCGUCGAAUUUGACAUCAUCUUUCCAAAAAACCUGACUGGCGAAAAGAAGAAAAUCAUACGAGAAGCGCUAGUUAACACAUUCUAAAAAAAAGAAGAAGAUUCUACGUAGAUGUAUCGGGUUGGGCAGGCAAAACAGGACAGGGGUGAUGGGCAGUGGUCAUAUACCUCUUGGGGGUGAUUGGUGUGAGAGAAGACCACUCCCUUUUUAAUUUAUGCUACCACCCCGAAUGGCUUUGCUCCAAAAGGAAGCGAGCACUGGGG